CUCUACUCAUUUUCAGGUAUUUCCUACCAAGUUGGAAAACUAAACGCAUCAGAGACACGUCAAGGAUGGAAUUGCAACAGCGGAUGUGAGGCGCCACAACAUUGUACACUGCCACGCUGCACUAACGUAGUAUUUCCGCAAACGCUUAGUGGAUCUGGAACCGUAAGUAAACCCUAAGCAAUUAAAACUUAUAGUCUAAUCUUCAGGGUUCGGGGUAACUUUCUUUUGUAAGUGAACCACAUUAAGCUUCUUUAAAAAUCUAAUGUUCUUCACAAAUUUUGAUUUGCCAAAGUACUUGUGGUUUUAUGAUGCUUUGACGUCAGCGAUUGGUGCGCAUAGGUAUGCUUAAGUGCUUCUAAUCUCUGGGAUGUGUUUUUGAACAAAACAAACAGAACAAAACAAUUAUAAAAAGUCGGAAGAUUCUGACGAUAAAUAUAGAAGGUCUCUAUUCCAUGAAAUGGGAAAGGAGGGGGGGGGUGUGAAAGUGUGUGUGUGGGGAGGAGGGAAGGGGGUGAUUGGGGUGGAUUAGCUAGACUCUCUUUUUCUUCAGAUUUAGUGAGUGGAGUAAACGCGCGCGGAAGCGUCGAGCAGACGCGAGAAACGAGGGAGGUAUUCUCGCGCCUUCAGUCACGCGCAAGGUCACGCGUGUCUCGCGCUUUUCGCUCGCUCGACGGAUUGGGAAAAAAAAAGAGAGACUGCUUAUAGUCUAGGGUGGAGUUGUCGCCUGUUAAAUUUUCAUUGAUGCCUGUCUUUACCUAACGCAUUUUAGGUUCGAGUUUUUGUGUCAUUAAGCCAUGAAGAUCAGUCUUCAGUUGUUCAUUCACCUUCCGCCGUGUGGGCAGAGUCCGUUAGUACAGCUGGAUUUCAGUUAUGCUCGCGUGCAACAGGUUCUACAAACGACACUGGAAUUAUCAACUGGGUAGCGUUUCAGGACAAACCUAUGUUAACGCAUGGAAGCGUUACUUUUAGCGGAAUAUGGACAACAGAAACGAAGUGUGAGAAGGUGGCCUUUUCUCAGGUUAGAUACCAAUGAUUGAUAACAAGUAUACAAUUUUGCUAUAAAGGUGCAAACGUAAUUAAAUAGUAGAAACAAAUGAAAUAGUACCAGAAAGUAGUUCUAAAACAAAUGAUCACUAAUUAAUAUCCGGAAUUUGCUCUUCAUAGCAGAGUCAACUGCUAAAAGUCUUUUUAAGCUUUCUCUCGCCGCUUAGUAUCAAACUUUUCCUUCCAUCGCCUUAAGAUAAGCCAUUUUCACGUUUUACUUUGGAGGUAGUGAUUGAAUAAUGCGUGACCGUUUUGAAUGUAUUGAUGUGUUAAAGAGAAUUUGGAAAAUAGAAGUCUAUUUAUUUAAUGAUAUUAAAUUUUUGGCAUUAAACUUAACAAAGUUAGCCGAAAACGAACAUUGUUGUUUGUAACUUUAUUUAAGUAAUGGGCCAAAUAAGAUGCAUUCACCAACCUUUUCAACACUUCGUAGAAAGAGGUGAAAGAGGGGUAGAAAAUUGAGUUAAUGUGAAUAGACAAGUAGAUUUGAUUAAUCUGCUCCCCUCAGCCUUUGAUAAAUCCUAAAUUUCAUUUAAGUGCCGCUAAGUACUUCAUGGAUAAGUUCCUGCUGAUUUAUCUUUCGAGAAGCUUGUUUAUUUUCAGUCAAUAGUGUUAAUUUCAUAUAUCUAACAUCUUUUUGCAGAGCUUUGCUUCCAAGCCUCGUGUAUUUGUCUCUGUUAAAUACACUCGCAGCACAAAGCCAAAUGACGCUAUGUACUUAUGGUUAGAGAACGUCAAUUCUGGAGGAUUUGAAGUGUGCUUAAGGGAAUUCUUGCCCUUUGAUGGAAAACACCAAGAUGCAGUUGUGGUAAGUGAUGCAGUCAUUUCUUGUUAAAGGAAAUGUGGUUCGAAACCUGACGCAACUCGUCUUGUAAAGAAAAGGGUAGCAAAUUAAAAUUAUUUUCUUGUCCGCAGGACUGGUUUGCAUUCACUGGGAAUGGGAGUCAACUUAAUUUCACAAUAACUGGGGAAGAAAUCUUUCCAAACAGUGGAAAUCCAUUGGCCAAAAACAACUACGGCUUCUGUCAGGUGAAAACUUUAGUUAUAACAAGAACAUUUAGCAAGCCAAAGAACACUGAUUUUUUAGUGGUUAAGUUCACACUAAAGAAAACUUAAAAUACAGUAAACCCAAGCUUACCAGGCCAUGGUAAUCAACAUUGUAUCCAAAAUGGCAAUUCCCAGAUGUGCGCGACAUGUUUGUCUCGCGAUUUUGUUGUGCGCAUAUUUCGCGAUUUUUAAAUUUCGUGACUUUGCGAGAAUUUUGUUUCGACUCUCUUCAAUUUCGCGUUGUAGACAGUGGGCGAAUAUUAGAAGUGGGGACUUAACAGAAGAUGGGCAAAAAUAGAGGGAGAAGUGAGCACGUUCAGAUCCAUUUACUAACUUACAUGACUUUUUUUACCUAUUUACAGGAAGUACCUUUCAAUACGACCUUUUACAAAUCGCCAAUUGUGAUUCUUUCCGUAAAUCAUGAGUAUAAUCUUAAGGUCAAGGGAAGUCGUCCUCCAGAAAAUAAUAUAAUUUCAGCCUGGCUAGAGGUAAGUUUGCUUUUUUAUUCUAACCUGAGAAAACAGCCUCCCGACAUUUCGCGCGACGCCAGCACUAGUUUUCCCACAAAAUGAAGAAAACCCCGAAAACCCCGUUUCACGACGCAAUUACUGGCUUUCCCGUGAAAAGACGUCUGUGGAAGAGUGCAGAAAUUCCAUACUGAUGACGUGUACUUCCCAGAUCAAGAUAGUGCUUCUGAUUGGUCAUGCUGCAAAAUAAAUUUUCUUUAACCAGUCAAAAGUACUGCAUGUCCAGAUCUGCGUAGUGACACAUCAUCAGUACGCAAUUUCUGCGCUCGUUCCUCAGACGUCUUUUCACGGAAAAGCCAGUAAUUGCGUCAUGAAACGGGGUUUUCCUCACUGGGUUAUAUUCUUGAUGGUCACUUGAGGUUAAUGAUAAUGAACAGGGAUUCUUUCAGUGCUUUGCUACAUUAUUCUAUUCAAUUGUUUGCUUGAACUCUCAUGACACCUUUGAGACCCAAAAGCCCAUAUCCCUUGUUCAAUCAGGGGAGAGAAGAAAUCCGUUUAUUCCAGUAAAUUUGUAAAAGGACUGUGAAAACUGUGAAAAAGCCAUAAGAAAACAAUAAUUUGGAUCUGAUCCCUGAAUUUCAUGACUUAAAGGUAUCGUCGUAGAAAUCAAGCAGAAAUUAUGGAUUUUCUAGUAACUGAUGAGUUCUAUCACAUUUUGCUGUAGGAAGUUGGAUUAGAAUCUAUGAAGGUCUGCGUUAAAGACCUCAGUGGAUUAGGAUCGAGUCAUGAUCCCUUGAUUGUCAGCUACGCUGUUACUGGAGGUUGUUUAUAAUGUUCCUAUUGUAAUGAUCACUAUUUCUAGUAAGAACUAUUGUUAUUUUUAUUAUCAUUAUUACUAUUAUUUUUAUUGAUAUCUUUUAGAAGUUCUUAUAUGUAGGAAUACAUUUCAUGAUAUAAUUAAGCAAACACUGGAGUACAAACACAGAUAUACCUUAUUCAUGUUACACUCUAUCUUUGCACGAACUUUAAGAUUGAUUAUUGAUGGAAUAAGAGCAAUUAGAGGGCACACAAGUAAUAAAAUUGCCAAUACUAGUAAUCGAGUAAUCGACUGCAUUCUUGUAUUUACUGAUUUUAUCCCUUGCUUGCCCCCUGAGACACCACGUAACAUUGCUUUAAUUUAUUCCAUCAGUCCUUAAGCCUGGCAGAGAUGGCGGGUAUCGUUAAUUAGGUCUACUAAGGAUUAAAAAAAAAAAACAUUUGUUGAGGUACCUACAAGCAAACAUGUUACUACUACUGAACAGUAACUUAGUUUUAAUUGAAAUAUGAAAAAUAUAUUAAACAUUUAUGUUUUUUUCCAAAUGGAUAACUACUCAAUAUUAUGUCUCUUUUUUCUUGGUACAGACCUUAAUCCUUGCCUUAAUGUGCAUUGCCCACGGUUUGGAGUCUGCAGGACCUACAGUGCGCAUGAUGCUCGGUGUGAGUGCGAUGACCAAUGCCCUUCAUAUAAAGACCCAGUGUGCACUGCAAACGGAACAACUUACGACAACCGAUGCUGGCAUAAGUUAAGCUAUUGUAGAGGACUUGAAAAUAAUCUGGUUUAUCACCCUGGAAGCUGUGAAGGUAUAACGAAAAAUAAUGUCAGCGAUUUUUUUUUGGCUGUAUAUGCCACAUAAAAUAGUCUGGGAGUUAAGCUCUCGAUUGCUUAGAAUUAUUGGUGUUGGCUCAAAAUUGAAUUGACUUCAAGCUAUGAUGUUUAUAACUUUUCGUUACUUUUAAGCUCGCCUUUAGCUCCUCACGCAGGCUAAACAACGAUAGACAGCUGUAACAAGCUACUUCGUCUCUCUGCUUUGGCAAACAAACAUAUAGCAGCCCAGACUAUAGCCAAUGUUUGGUCUGUGUAAGAUCUUUUAUCCUCAUUUGUCUUGCAAUUUAGUUUUUAUCGCGUAAAAUUAGAUUACUUAAAUCUGCUCGGGGCAAAUAUGGUGCAAAAAAGUGCAAAAGAGGAGGAAAUCAAAGACAAAUGGAGUUGCAUAAUUGAGGGCAAAUGCAGUAUUUACUAUCUUUGCCCUUGAUUUCAUCCUCUUUUGCAACUUUUUUGCAUCUUAUUGGCACUGAGUGAAUUUGCUGAAAAUCAAAUAUUUCCCGCAGUGGCGCGCGCUCCCAAUAUACUGGCAUAUGUUUAUCUUUGAACUGGCAUAUGUUUAUCUUGGGCACUGAAACCAGCAUGCAAUAAUAAGCAGCCACUAUACAUUUCGUUGUAGAAAGGUAGCCGACAUUGCAAGUUACAGCCUAGUUUUAGUUCCAUUUCCACGCUUUUUUUAUCACCACCCUUCACCACUUAGAGUUGCACUACAACGCAAGCUAGGGAAGCUACGUAAGCGAUAAUGCUUAAAGAGCACAGUGAUGCUUCCUUAUAAAGUACUUAAUUUAUUACAAAACAGGCUUUCCAAUUGUUCGGGGCCGUGUAGAUCUGCUACAGGUUCCAAAAUGGUCAGAUUCAAACUGUCAGACAGUCACAUUUCCUCCAUACCGGUUUUAUCCGGAUAAACAAGUUCAUGUUCAAAUAACCGUCAAUCACAUGAAGCUGAAUGACUCUGUGACAGUCCACGACGCUGUUACUUCAUGGACAGAAAGUAUCAACACAAAAAACUUCACCGUCUGUGUCAUGCAAACCGGGAGGAAAGAAGAAGGCGCGAAUCCAUUUGCCACCAUUGAUUGGGUGGCUUAUCAAGGAGCACCGCCCGAAGGAUUGACGGGAACGGUUGAGUUGCAGAAAUGGUGGUCUGGUACCAACUGCGCAGAUGUAACCUUUCCUACGGUGAGAUGGGAAUGUACAUAUUAAAUUAAAUAAUUGUUGCAAAUUCAGUUAAAGUCUCCAUGACGAAUGUUAGACUUUCAUUCAUGUGACAUCUUUAAUCCGUGUCUUAAAAAAAAAAAACAAAAAAAAAAACAAAACAAAACAACACCAAAAACAGCAAAAAAAAAAACAAAACAAAACAAAACAAAACAAAUAAAUACUAAAUAAUUGGAAAAUUGAGUCUUGUGACCCCCUUAGCCAAAACUUGACAGAUUUAUACACGACUUGUAUGCGUAACAAAAGAAGAAAAACAUCAAGAGCGAAACUGUGAAGGAGAGACCUCCUUAACAUCCAUUUCAACAAAAUGAAGCGCUAAUCUGAUACAAAGAAGCAGCUUAUAACAACAACAACAACAACAACAACAACAACAAAAAAAAACAAACAAAUAAAAAAAACACAAAAUAUUUGUUUACCUAUUUGAAUUAACUGAAUAUGGAAAGACAAGAAUUCACAUCUUAAGUUAAAGAACAUAUUAAAACUUUCCUUGAACUAGAAAAAUGAGACACAAAGUUAACAAAAAAUAAUCGAUCAUUACGAGGUAACUGGGGAGAUGAUUGCUAGAUCUUCUAAAAAGUUGUGACCGACUUAGCGACUUAGUUACCAAGACAACAUUAGAUAACAAGUAAGAAUGGGAACUUACUUAGUGGUUAGUGUCAAGUAAUUUUGUAGCAAUAUUCAAAAAAAGCUGUUUCGAUUGUUGUUAUUGCUUUUUCUUCAGGGCAAGUUUGCCGAGGCGCCAAUAGUCCUUGUGACGUCAGAGCACCUGAGGACUGGUAAAGAGUAUGAUGCUGCUCUCAUUUGGAUUGAAGACUUAACAAAGGACUCAGUUAAAGUCUGUCUUCGUGAAAUGCAAAACUUUGACGGUAGACACCAAGAUAUCACUGUGGUACGUUCUUAGUCAGAUUUUAAAAAAACUGGAACGCGACUGUCCACAAAAUUUGUGAGGAAUGCUGGUCUUGUUAAAAUAAAAGCGUUAAGAGAAAAAAAGCAUUGCUAAGUAAAGAUUGUCCGGCAGAUCGGGAGUGAUGAUCAGUCAAAUGAAAGGAAAUGCAGAAAGAAAAACCUAAAAAGAAACGGAAAUAAUAAUAAUAAUAACAACAAUAAUACUAAUGAAUAAUAAUAAUAAUAAUAAUAAUAAUGAAUAAUAAUAAUAAUAAUAAUAAUAAUAAUAAUAAUAAUAAGAAAUGAAUUGAAUAGCAUUACGGGCGGUGAAUUUUAAAUAGCACACAAAUUGGUCUUCCUUAUCCCCAUGCCUCCCUUCACGCUCUUACGUGAUUCGCCUGAUGUCUCAAAAAAAUGUGGAUUUGCAUCCUUUUCUUGACUCUUUGCGCUCUUUGUUAUGUCACAACUUCAUAGAGUUCAAAAUACUUAGAUUCAAAGGGGCCUAAAAAUGAUGAGUUUAUUUGAAUUUUUUGUUGGUGUAAUACGAUUCUGUCCCAAGACUAUGGGUGGCAUCACUUUUGUUUUUACCUCUUUUCACAGAACUGGUUUGCCUUCUCUAAACUGCACAAGCCUCUUUUCACCGAACAUGGUGUCAUAAAUUUUCCAAAUACGAACCCACCUUUGGAUAAAAUGAACAAUGCUUAUUGCCAGGUGAGAAAAGAAUUAUUUGCAAAAGCAGUGAGUAGCAUGCUGUUCACAGCAUUUUCCCUCACAGAUAUAUCGCUUACUUACAUCACUGUUUAUAUUUUCAAAACACUUUUAGUCAUAUACACUUUACGCAAUAGAGAUCAAAGUGACUAGAAAAGUAAAGAAGCUGGUCCACUAAACAAUACUUUAAGACAAGAGGUCAAAAACUACAGACUGAUAACGUCCCUCUUAACCAUCGACAAAGUGUUUGAGCAACUGCGCUGUAAACAGGUGCUGUGAAACUCGACCACAUCUUUUCUAGCCUAAGCAUUGCUUACAGAAAGGGACACAGCUGUGAGACCACUCUACUACGUCUGAAUGAGGACUGGAAGCUAGCAAUAGACAGAAAAGAGCUAGUAUGUAUUCUAUCGACUGAUAUGAGUAAAGCGUUUGACUCUCUCAGCCACUCGCCGACACUAACAAAGCUUGAAGCAUACGGUUUUGAGUCCUCAGCGUUGGACCUCGCGCGAUCAUUCUUUAACAACCGCCAAAAUGUUCAACCCCCUGCUCUAGAACGUAUUUCAGAAUGACCUGCCCUGCUCCAUAACUACCGCUAAACUUUCGAUAUAUGUAGACGAGCACCAGUUGUACACCUCACGGACUAAUUUUACAGCUGAAAGGGAAGCCUUAGAGCAGGAAGAUCAACUUGCCGCGUCUUGGUAUCUUGAUAAUGUUCUACUCACAAAUCCUGACAAAUUCCAGGCGAUGAUCCUUUAUAAUAGAGAUAUUGACAUUGAAGGCUAAUACACUGAUAUGAGCAUAGAUGGUAGGGUCAUUACAAACACAGAUUACAUCAAACUACUUGGCGUCCACAUUGAUUCCAGUACGAACUUUAGUAAUCAUAUUAGUGAACUGUGUAAGAAAGUCAGUAAGAAAGUAGGGAUAUCCCAAUGCGCCUGCGCAAUCUUGUUUCCUGCUCAGCUGUAAGUCUUCUAUAAGUCUUCCAUCCUGCCUUGAUUAAUACCUUACCUACUGCCAGCUGGUAUGGCACUUCUGCAAGGCCUCAGACAGCAGGAAAAUAGAACGCCUUCAAGAACGUGCCUUAAGAACGGUAUACAGAACUAAUUCUGCCUCUUACCAGACAAUACUAAAAUAUCAGGACUAACCAAGUUGCAAAAUCGUAGAUUGCAGGAUAUAGCAAUACUUUUGUAAAAAGUCAAGAACAACCUCGCCCCUAUCGACUUAGCAGAACUUUUCAAUUUAAAUGAUUCGAGGUAGUCUCUGCGAAACAAGGACUUUCAUUUACCUCCUAGAUUCAAUACUGUAACCUACGGCAAACAUUCGUUUCGUUACUUUGGACCUUUACUAUGGAAGAGACUAAACAACAAAGUCAAGUAAUCACCUAGUCUUCAGUCUUUGAAGAACGCUAUCAGAUAUUUAGAUAUUUCUGGUAUUUUAUUAUUUUUUCAUUAUUAGCUUCGCCAAAAAAACAAACAAACAAGCAAACAAACAGAAAGAACAUUGGGCCAAGAUACUAAUAAAAAAAUAAAAGCAAGAGAUAUUAAAAAACACAGCGAUACAAGAAAAACUACAGCUAGUAUACUUACAACAAGUUAUUGGACGAGACAAGGGACGAGCAUUGUUUCAUUUUGAACAGAUAGACUUGAACGAACGUGGGUCUUCACAAUCAUAAGAAACAGCUAAAGCGGACUUAUAAUAAUUAAAAACAACCUAUUAAAGGAAGCUAAGGUCGAUGAGCUCAAAUCUAGUUCAUCCACGAAAACAAUUCCAAAUUCGACAAGUUCUAGUGAGAAAAGAUUUCUGGUACGUAGUAGUUUUACAUUUCUUAAUUAUGUAUUUAUUAACAUUGCUGGUUGACGAUCUAGUGCGUCUACCGUAUUUGCGAACUUCAGGUUAGGACAGAGGAGUUCACGUUCAAGACCGUGUGUCAAUUUAAAAAAAAAAAAAAGGUUAGAUCUAAAAGUUCAUGCCUGUAACAAAUAGGUAUUAGGUUUAGAGUUUGGAAACGAGACUUAAAACUUAUAUUAGAAGAAUAAGUCGUACGUCUUUGGACACGCUCUAGCUUGACAAUGAGCUCGAUGGACUGCGGGGCCCAAAUUUGGGUGGCGUAUCCCAAAUGUGGCCUGACUAGGGCUGGGUAUAGCGUUCCUCUUACGUCGGUUCUAAGUAUGAACCUCGUGUUCCUCUUUAAGUAUAAAUUCGUUUAUUAGCACGCGAAGAUUGUUCGUUUACUUGUUUGUACCAUGUCAGAUCCUUACUAAUCCAUACGCCCAUCUCUUUUUCUGCAACAUAUCACAAGUGCGGUGUUGUUGAGUUUGUAAGAGGAUAAGAUCGGCUUUGUUUUCCUUUUUAUGUGGUGCGCCUUACACACUUAGCUUCGUUAAAAGAAGACCGGAUGAUUGAGACCAAGUUACAAGCUUACCAAGGUCUUUCUGGAGAGAAGAGACACCGCUCAAAUUCUUAAUCUCUCUGAAUGUUUUUGUGUCGUCGGCAAACAUCAUUACUCGACUACUAGAACUGAUGACUUCAGGAAGGUCGUUGAAGUAUAAGAGGAAGAGCCGGCUGGUCCAGAGGUAACAGGAAGAUCCUCUGAAGCGGCGCCGAGUACCCGUAACGCGUUGGUGUCGACCUGACAGUUAAGAGCAGAACCAGUUAAGCAGGUUGCCACCCAUACCGGCCUGGAUUAGCUUAUGGACGAAGCGCCUGGGACUGACUUUGUCGAAAGCUUUUGACAUAUCAAGGUAGAUGGUGUCAACCUGGCCGCCACUAACUAAAUUAGUGAACCAAUGUGGCCAAAAGCCUCAAGCAAGUUGGUGACGCACGUUCUUCCAGUACAAAAACCAUGUUGUUUAGGUGAAAUUACGUGGUACAGGUGGUCCUUGAUGCUAUUCAACACACAACGCUCAAAGACCUUGGACACUAUUGGGAGUAGAGAGAUGGGACGGUAAUUUUCUACCCGGUCUUUUGCACCCUUUUUGUGGACAUGCACGACGUUAGCUAGUUUCCAGUCCCUCGGGAGAGACCCUAGUUGAAGUGAUUUGUUGAAGAUCCUACAUAAGGAACGAGCAAUCACUGAGGCAGUCUCCUUGAGCAAUUUAGCAGGGAUUUCGUCCGCCCUGUGGCUUUACCGACUUCUAGUGCUUUGAAUGCAGCUAGAAUCGUGGACUCAUUGAGAGUUAGAUCGGAUAUAACAGUGUCCAAACGUAUGCACGCUGUCUUCUCCACUGCGCUGUCGAUAGUAAAUACAGAGGCAAAAAAACUGUUAAACAGGUCAGCUAUUCCCUCAGGUGUAUCAGCACUUACUCUUGAAGGGUUCUGUGACUGGUCAGCGGAGUAGUCUGGGACGGUUACCAUGGAAACACGGCUUGGGAUGGGAUGAGAUUUAGAGUUAAGCUUCAAAUUAACCAUAAGCGCUUGAGAUUGAAUCUAACGCUAUCCACGGAGUCCCAGGAGAUGUUCGGCAAGUUAAUGUCACCACAAAUUACCAUAUUUUGAAACUGAUCGCAGACUUGAUCUAGAAAGCUAAAUAAAUAUACCCAACUAGGGUCUGAAUCCGGAGGCCUGUAACAGGAACAGAAUAAUAAUGUAAUCUUCGGAUCAAAUUUAGAAGAAAAUAACUGUGACUGUUGUGACCUUUGCAGAUCCUAAUUUUAUGAUUUUAAGAUUUUUAAGAUUUUACUAUGUAUUAUCAUGAAUUGCUAUGUAUUUUAGAUUAGUGUGCCCAAUUAGAAUAUAUCAUUAUAAUUAGCAUUAUCAUAGAUUAUUAUUAUUAUUAUUAUUAUGUAAUUUUAGAUAAGUGUCCCCAAUUAGCCAUAUACGUUUGACACUUAAAUAAAGUUCUUAUAUCUUAUUAUGUUGUUAUAUCAGACAUAUCAAGACAUCAAAGUGGCAGUUUGUUCUGUUAAAAUGAUUAAUCGCAAAUAUUGCUUGUUCAAUUGGGACUUCAAAAAUAAACACAUUGACGGGAACCGAAGCUUUUAGUGAUUAAGGAACAGUGUUAAACGUUUUACGUUUCUCUUCCAUGGCAGUUCGUUUCAUUCACGAGAGCUUAUAACUCGACUCCGACAGUUCUCCUCUCAGCCAAUCACAGCACGACGGCAUCUGGGAAUUCAGCACCAAAUCACAACGGAAUUACAACUUGGAUAGAGGUAAAAUUUUCCGUAAUUGGGGAGGAUUGUGGGGAUCUAUCGGGGCAAACAAAUUUCAAACCAACACUCGACGAAAGAUAUAACUGAACAGAGAAGCACGCUUGCUUGAGGCGAUGUAUAGGUCGAUAAUAGGUGUGGCGCAAAAAUGUGCCAAGUGAAGUUGAGAUUGCUUAUCGGCUUCCUUUUGACGUUAAUUAUCGAAUACGAUUAUGGUGUCGGUACAAAAUAAUAUCUUUAAAUUAUCAGCAGGGGCCGCGCGCGGUGGGCUCGAACUUCAGAUCUGAUUGUGCGGUUUUAAACGUUACUUUAGAGCUCUUUCCUUGGACACGAAACUUUGCUCCAAUCAUUUGGCUGCUUUCUUCAUCAACAGGGAUCUUUAGAUCCGUCCUUCUGGGCCUCAUAGCUCAUUUGUGCCACAGCCGUGCCCCUUAUUAGGGUAAAAAGGAUAUUUUGGAUAAAAUUCCGAGCAUUAAUUCACCGUAUAUUUUUUUAUACCUUUCUUUAAUUACUUUCAUCAAACCACAGUGUUAAUUCACGUCGAAUCUUCGCAUCUCUAUGUUACAUAAGAAGACGUAGGGGAACGUUUUAAAAAUAUUCUGGUAUUCUCUUCCUUUUAAUUCAGUUGUUUAUGACUACAAUUUUAGCAGUACUAAACUACGUUGAGUGCUUUUUUUUUUUUUUUUUUCAGAACAUGAAUACCUCUGGAUUCAGAGCCUGUGUCAAGGAAUUAUACGGGACCAGAUAUGACCCCUUGUCCGUCGGUUAUGCCGUGCUCACAGGUCUGUAAUAUUACUGAGUUCAUUUAUGAAGUAGUUUUUAGCAAAUGGAAAAAGAAACGUUAUUUGUUACCGGAUUCAUCUGGAAAUACUUUGGAAAUGCCCUAAACUAAUAACACAAUGCAAGUUGAUGGUUUGCAGGUUAUGGCGUAGUCAAGAGAGUGUACCUGUUGACAUAAAAAAGAUUCUUGAAAUUCUUUCAAGUUAUAAUUUUCCUACCCCUCGAACAAUUUCACCGUUUAAUUAAAAGUUUCCUUAAAGGAUAAAUAACGUAGCCUCCCCGCAGACGUCCUUUGGGGUUCGUUUGUCACGCAUUCAUACGUGACAAACGAACCCCAAACUGACGUCUGCGGGGAGGCUAUAAAUAACGAGGAUGAAAGACCUUGCUAGAAAUUAAAAGCACCAUGCUUAAAACAAUCGUUUGAAUAGUUCGAUAUAUUUUAUCUCUAUGCGAGUGGUAUAUCCCUAUCGCUAGUCUUCUAUCCAAUAAUAUCUUACUAGUACCUUGAAACCAUUAAGCUUUGGAAAACAUUUUCGCAUCUCGCUCCUAACAGUACUGCGAGUGAGAUGCUGCUAAGGAUUUAUCAAUCCGGCAGUUUAUUUGAAUGUAUAUAUUUUUGACGCUUACGUUUAUCUGUAUUUCGCAGACAUCUGUGAACCUGGCUGGAACUAUUUCAACGGCUUUUGCUAUUUCACAAGUAAGACUUGUCAAAAUUGGACCACAGCACUGGAUAAAUGCCGACAAGAAAACUCGGUUCUUGUUGAUGUCCAAAAUAACGAAGAAAAUGUGUUUUUACAGCAUCUACAGAAUGGAGCAAAAUCCUGGCUGGGAUUGAAUGAUAUGUUCACAGAGGGCUCCUUUACUUGGGCAGAUCGUGGUACUGGGAACUUUACAACUUGGGCUAAAAACCAACCGAACAAUUUUCGGGAUGAAGACUGUGUGCAUACACUUGGUGUUGAAUAUAAAUAUGAAUGGAAUGACGUGAAAUGCAGUGACUGUCAUCAGUAUACUUGUAAGAAAGGUAAGAUGUGAUGUAUAAGUUUAGGAAUGCACAAGAAGAAGGACCGAGUUCAAGCUGAAUGAAUAAAUGGCAGCAUCAUGAAGCGUAUGAUAUUAUUAGAAAUCUAUAUUUCAUACCACCAAAUAACGUGAAAUGGAAAGAAUGUACUUGUAAGGAUUUUCCUUUGAAAGUGGUAGAAGGUAUAGAGGUGAGGGAUUUGUAAAUUCACAAAGGAAAAGCCCUUAACGAGGUUAAAAACAGACACAAUUGAUAUUAAAAACUUCAAUGAAAUCAGUUGUGGUUUUUAAUUUACGUCCCCCUAACAAAUCGUAUUUUGGUGUGUUAAUCGUGAUAAAUAGUUUGUUUUUAUUUUGGAUAGAUCUCAAUGAAUGCAGUAGGGACAAGUAUUACUGCCAUCAGGUCGCCAGCUGCACAAAUUAUCGUGGUUCAUUUACUUGCACUUGUGAUCAAGGCUACUUUGGAGACGGCUUUGAGUGCGAGCUCAAUUACGCAAGUAUGAUCAGAUACAAAAUUGCAGCGCUGCAUGUUAAUGAUGAACAGCAAGUUGAUUUACAGUAAUCUAUUCUCACUGAAGCCAUCAGCAAACAAUUCCCGUGAUCCCAAUAAUAUAGGGGAGACCUAGCCGGAGACGGUAGGAGCGGGGAGCUCCUGGUAAAGAGAUAGUUCAUCAAUGCGGAGAAAUGGGUGGGGCGUGUAAAGAAAUGUACGAAACACUGAAAAGACUGAGCAGGCUAUUAAUUGGGAAGAGAAACUAGCGUUAUACACAAGAAACGCACCACGUAAAAAUAGGUAUAGGAUAGCCACGAGUUAUACGCGGCGUGUUAGUAUCACGCUCUUUUAUUGCGGAGUUCUUAUGUUUUCAAUGGCCAUCAUUCAGUAGCUUCUACUGCAACGUCUAAAUUUUCGAGUGUCUUUUUAUGAUUUCCCUUUCUAAAUGACACGCUAUGGAGAAGAGUAGCUGCGCAGGCGACAUGGUAUCCUCCUCCUUCUUACGAGUCUGAAGUUUGCAGUUUAAUUCGGUGGCCUGGUUAAUAUUUUGCAUAUUCCGUAGCAUGCGUAGCAGGCACUAGGAAGUAGUGGGCGAAAGAGAGAACGGCCGCGCGCUCGAGGGAGACACGCUUGCGUGCCCGUUACUUCCAACGCCUGCAACGCAGGCUACAUAUUCAGCCUUAUUAUUACCCCUAGUUUUAAACUCUUGCUGUGAGGAAAGGCAUUCGAAACUAAAAUUGAUAAUUUUGCCUCGCAAGGUAAGAAUCCGAUUCGCAUUGAAAAAGAAUUUUUAAAUUCCCGGGUCCGUUCGAGGCCACCAACUCAGGGUCUUUAACUGCCGCUGACUGAGAGGCUAAAUUGUUUCCUUGGAAAAGGCAUCUACAAAAGGUUAAAAUUUUUAGUCUUCUCAGACAAGGACGAUAAACCGUAGGCCCCGUCUCCCCAACCGCUUUAAAGAACUCAUGCUCUGUUCGUAAAGAGUAGGGACGCAUUCUCCGGUGCUGUGGUCUAUCUCCCAAGGUGGGCGGGACUGUUUUGGGCCCUCGGUAAUAAACGCCACGCGCUGUUGCGGUGACCCUGCCAAGAAUUGGUGAACCUAAGUAAGUAAAUUAGUAAUAACUUUGUCGCUAAUUUUUGUAGGGGGUUUGAAACAGUCUACUAUUGUGGGGAAUGAUGCUAACUACUUGCAAUAUUUAAGCACCUGGCUCAAACCAGUUGCUCAGAGCAAAUCUUCACGAUGGAAGCGUUGUUGGCGUGCGUCCGUGGAUGGCUGGGCUGCCAGUACUUUUCACAGCGGAUGUGACAACAAAGGACCAACUGUAACAAUAAUAAGAGUCGGCGGAAAAUACAUUUUUGGAGGUUACACCAGCCUCUCAUGGGGUAAGUGGUUUGGUUUUUCUAAAACUGGGCAUUAUUAGCAAGUAAAAUUGUCCAAGGAAGUAUUUGAAGUAGAAAAUAAUAUUACCACGAAGAAGACUAAAAAAAAGGUGCAUUCACGUAAUUUUAUCACCCUUAUCCCAUUUCGGUCAAUUCGCCAAAUGAAGAUAAAUAAUUCUGGGUUUAAAUUCGAAAAGUUUCUACCAAAUAUUAGAGAAAGAAAAUCGUUGUCUUGUGGUCACAUUCCCCAUAAAACUAAAAUUAGGACGUUUUAUAUCGUAUUCGAGUUGCGAAUUCGCCGACAAUUAAAUUCUGUGCUGACGCAUUUUCUUUUCAGGGUUUUUCCUCUCUAAAGAGUUUUUCAGGCAAAGUAUCCGCACUAUUGUCUCAAGUGCCGUUGUAAUUAAAAAAUCAGUAAUAAAAAAUAACUAGAAGGCGAGUGUGAAUUGAUCAAGGCUUAGCUUCCCUUUACUUCUCUUAAAACUAACAUGAAAACUGUAUGUAAAUAGUGCAAGUUAGAUGGGGAAAUUUACCACUUCUAAUCAAGUCUUGUUAUAGUUCACCAAAAAAAUUAAACAGAUCUAGAGAGAGUAUUUUGAUCAAAGCUACGUAUACUGAUAUCAACCUGAGUAAUAGCAUGGAAUCCUGGUUUCAUCUCACCUAUUAUGUGACUUUGACGUGUAGUUCAAUGACCACACAUUAGUUCAUUGAGCGUAAACUACGUGUAGCUGCGGGAAAAAUAACCACAAAUACGUCAGAUUUUUUUAGUAUGAAUGGGUAGCAUUAUUAGAUUAAGUGGUAAAUACUCAUUUAGCAACGAUACAAGAACUAAAUUGAGAAAUAGCUAUGGUAGACUCAUGUCAUUAAGUUCUGAGUGAGCUCACUAAAUAUAAACAGGAACAUAGAUUGAUGGUAAGUUAGAAGUUAUAGUCUGCUCAGAAGGUCUGUCAUUAGGAAAUCUUAACAGGAAGGAUAUUUAUAAGCUAAAGAUAGAAGACCCUUUUGCCAAAGAAUUUGCAGAAAUUUGGCCUGACACUUCCUUUGAGGGGAGAAUAGUAUUAUAAUAUCAUUUUCUCAUCUCUACCUUUGUUGCAAAAUUCAUUAAUAUUCCGCACCUGAGUUUUCUGCAAUGAUUGACCUACCAUCAAUAACACAAAAAGUUAAACAUCUAAUGGACGAUAAUUCUCUCAACUGCUUUUCCCUCGACCAUUUUCAGAAUAGAUAUGAUAUUUGAGUAAUACCCUUAAUGUUUUUCGGAAUAGUCUCAGCCGUGAAAUCUUUGCAACGACAAAUCCCGGGAACACACCAGCAGCAUGACAGUUCUUUCAACACAUUUUUCAAUUGCCAAAAUUCAUCUAGAAUUGUUUUCAAACAACAAAUGGUAUAAAGACAUCUGCUCUUCAACCGGUAAAAAUGUUAACUCGAGAAACGUUUUUCAAGCAGCAAACACUUGUACAACGAUCUGAAAACUAAUUAAUUUUAAUUUCAGAUUUUUACAUAGACGUUUACCAACUAACAGCUAUCUACAAAAAUAGGAGUUAGAGAGGACGGAAAGUGUACUUUUUGCCGCGACGAGAAAGAGGAUUUGACGCAUCUGUUUUGGAAAUGCCAAAAUGGCUUGAGUCGUGCCAGAUCCUCCAACCAGACAAUUACUUAGACAUAUAUGACCACCGUUUCGAUCCUUACUCCAGACAGCUCAUCCUUUAAGCUCCAUAUAAUUUUAUGUUGCCUUUUAGCUAAAACCUUUAUCUGGAUAUGCAGAUUGAAGGAAUGUUAUUCAAAUGACAACAACUUCCUACUUUAUCUGAGACAUAUACCAAUUAGAAAAUAAGACACCAAGCAAUAUAUAUGUAUAUAUAUCUGUCUGGAUUUGCAAAAAACAUGGCUGCAGAAAUCUCUCUUCUAUACCCUCUGACUGAGUCUUGUAGUGCAGCAUUUUUUUUUUUUAUAGCUACUUGUUAUUUAUUCAAUCGGUACCGGAAAGGCCACAGUAGAUAGACUUUCAUGAGUUUCUCACUUGCUAUUAAGAGCAGUUGUCUGUAAGAUUCGAACUAUAUUGAAAAGUCGCUGCUACACUAUCUCACCGAAUUGGCUAAAAACUGGCAUGUAGACUUGAUGAUUUGGGGUCUUUAAUAAGGAAUAGGUAACUUUAGGUUCUAAUUUCUUCCUUUGGACCGGCGCCAUAUUGGUUAAUAGAAGAUGUUUUUGUGCCGUCGACUACAACCCUGUCCUCAAAGCUAAUCUUCCUUUGCCGAUACACGUUGAAAGAACUAUCCCUCUUUAUUGUAUUUUUAGAAACUACUUCGAAAUUGAUAACGUUUUCGCAACGAUCGAUUAAACUUUUGGUGGGUAUACUUUUUGAAAUUUUUACACCUGUAAAAUUAACAGAAAUUCAAAGGCGUAUAUCUCUCUUGCCACAUCGCAUUGAAGCUUGCCACUCUGCCUGAAUACUCAUUGUUUGUAGUUAAAUCGAGUUCGUUAUUUAAAAAAGGGCAAAUUUAAUGGAGCGGAAACAAAAGUUAUGAAUGAAAGAGUGUUCUAGCGACUUUAUCAAUAAGCUUUACACCGAAUACUCGCCAGGUGUUGCCAAAAUUACAAUCGAUAAUAGAAAUUCUGUCACUAAAUCUGAGUGGUCUAUAUAAUAAAAUUAGCCUCUGUAAUAUCAGCCAUAGCUCUGCUGCGAAAAACAGUAGAAAAAGGCAGAUUGUAUAAGGAAAAGGAAAAUGAAUUUGUUAUAUUUAUGCUACGACGCGUAAAUAAAAUGCAACCAUAACAGUCCAACUGGAAUUUCUCUAAUUUUCCUCCAGUUCCUUUAUCGAAACCAGAGCUUUUAAAAUUCACCAUGAUAAUGAAAAUGGAAAUGCAUUGCCUUACUUGACGACAAAGAUGCCAAUUUCCACCUUGAUCGAAAAAAAAGUAAUAUUUCCCCACGCAUAUCGCGGGUCGAUCGUCACUUUCCUUGCAUGGCGUUACAAUUCACGUGAAACCGCCUGGUUUCAAACAACUGAACUGAAGAAUCCGUGAAAAACUUAGCCAGGGAAUAAAAUUGAUAUAAGUUAUCAUUAUUAGUGAGCGAGGAUGCGAUGAUAGUUCCAGCUACAUGUAUUUACAGCGUUUGAAGAACUCAUGAGACAUGAGACAUGAGCCCUUGAAAUAAACAUCAUUACUUCCGGGUUUUCCAAAUUGGGCGCUGGCAAAGUAAUAAAUAGACUCGUUCUAUCUUGAACGCCAUUAACAACGGUUCCGUGCAAAAUUAUUUAGUUUUUAUUUUCGUUUGAGGAGAUUCUUGGUCUUUCGAUAAAGUGCUUUGUGAUAAACAGGAAAAUUGGUUUGGAAGAGGUUGAGAAGAAUGAGGGAUGAGCACAGGAGAUAAGAAAACCCCAGUCACCCCACUGAGGGGCUUUAAAACUGUGCGCAAAUGCCUCUCCCUAAGGACAAUUCCAGAUUUAAGUUUUCUUGAAAAAGCUUAAAAUCGCUAGUCCAUGAAUGGAUAACUCAAGAUAGUCCUGAUUCUAAAUAAAGAAAAUAGCAAAGAAAAUUCAGUAGUAAAGCGACCAGAGUGUUUCUCCGAUAUCGCGAACAAAAAUGGUGUUCUUUCACGGUGUGACUUAAGAUGUGUCUGCAGUUUAAUGUAAAAUCAUUCACCAUGCUCACGGACCUUUCGACAACGUAAGUGUACCGAUUGAUGUAAUAUCAGUUGUAAAAAACGAACGCUCUUUACUGUAGGAUGAUGAGGUCAUCAUACAAAAGGCGUCUUCACUCUGGCAUCCUCAUUUUCUAACCGUCAAAACCUAAUUUUCUCUGCUCGUAAACUCAAAACACCUCUGAAGACAAGUAGUGGUAAUGUGCUUGUUAGUAAGACGACCAACAAGCUGUGCCCAUCGUAAAGAAUCUUGUCUGGGCUCCCUUGAAAAAUUGCACUUGAUCAGAAGCGUUCAAGUUCAUCCUCCGCCGCGACAACUUCAUGAUCUAUUUUUACUAAUGGGUGGUUCAGUUUGGAACUAUCCUUUGGCUUUUCCUUUCGGAUGUUCAGGAGCGUCUCUAUCAGGAGCGUAGCCAGGAUUUUCCAGGUGUUCGCCCAAUUCUCAAAACUUACCCCAACUUCUUGCUCAGUUCUCUCGUAUUAAACGUUUCCCUAUUACAUUUGCUAAUUCUGGUAACUAGAUGAGGUUAUGCGUGGAUGAAAUGGCACUUGCAAUCGGUGAGAAAAUUAGGUUAGACACUUUGCCCUCAAGUACGGCUCUCGCGUUUUGCUUUCUACCUUAGAAGUAAAAACUGAAGCUUUGGCUUUCCCUUUCCGUGUAAACAAUUUCGUUCGGCUGUUCAAACUACUUUUAGAAAACAGCAAACUACCCAAAUUUAUUUUUAAUGAAGGUAUAAGGGUAGGAAUCCAAAUUGUUUUCAAAUGUUCUUCAAAAUGUACGCCAUGCAAGUGGAGUGUUUCACUGAUUUUAACACGAAGAUUGUGAAGCAAUGUCUAGUGAGUGUGGGGGGUAAUUAAAUAUAAUGCUCCAUCUUAAAAAAAUGAAAUUGAAAAGAAAAAUUUUGUAUAAUAGGAGUACACAUUUUUUAACUUUAUCGAGUUGUGAAAAAUCACAAAUUUGUUUCUUCUUGAAUGUGUUAUACUCUCAUCCAGUUUGAGUGUUUUCAGUGUUUCCGAUAUGUCCGUCGGAGAUCGGUAGUUACCGUGAAUGAUCGAUUAAGCGCCGCGGCGCCCAUUUCAUUUUCCAUGUUAAAAGUGCGGCGCUUAUUAGGGAGGGGCGCUUAUUUCAACUGCGGGUAAAACACUAAGGGGAAUAUAUAGAGAGAAGUCAGAGUUCGGCAAGAAAAAGGACAAAUAUGCACACCUCGAACUGUUAUAUGAACCUGGUUUCGAAAGUUUCCGCUCAUUAUAACUUUAGAACUCACGAUUGGGUCUUGGUCUUGUUUGUCAAGCGAUAUGGUUUUGAUGUCUUUUUAUAUCAAGCGCCAUAACAAGUCUAACAAAGGUCGGACGUUUACUCCGUAGCGGCGUUUAUUCCAGUAGCGGCGCUUAAUCGAUAAUUUACGGUAACUGCACAUUUGCUUGGAAAAAAGGAAAAAAUGAAAGAUUUAUUUUGUCACUUGGGAAGUUAAACUUGAUUUCAUAGGUCCGUUUGUGUCAAACAGGUAACAUAGUGCUUUUGUCAAGGGAAAAAAUGGAAAUUUUUGCUCUAUUUUCCCUUGGCUUGGUGCCUUAGUGAUAUAUGAUUCUUUGGUCUUUAUGGGAGCACGGCUGAAGUCAUCAUAGCUUUUCUUUUAAAUAUAUAGAAAAAUAAUCGUCGCUUAUCAAUUUUUAGAGCACUGUCCAGUCAAUUAAUUUUUGUUUAGUCAUGGACUAAAAUGAUCGUUUUUUGUUAACCUUUAUGGAUUUUUUUUACGCAUGUACGGGCCUGAGGAAAUGUUACCUGAAAACAAGCUACGAUCCUAACUUUCUACCUUCGAGUCUUUUCCAUAGCCAUAAGUUUUUCCCUGAAGGAAUUUUUCUUUGUUUCACAUAAUGAUUGGUCUUGUAUGCUCAUCUAUUUUUGAGAGGCUAGUCCUGUGCCGUAUUCUGAUGUGAUGUACUUUGGGGGGUAGGUACAAUAAAGUUUUGGCCAUUUGUCAGUUGUCAGUUAAAUUUAAGGCCAUUUGUCAGUUGUCAGUUAAUUGGCUGUUAAUAAUUAAUUACGUAAUUUAGUUAUUUCUUUUUUAUCCAAAAUUUAAUUCGAACAUUGCUACACUAAUAACCUUUUUUUUUCAAAUUUGGAGUUGAAUUCAUUACAAGCGGCUUUCUAUCGUUACUCUCCUGCUUGCCUGAGCAAAACAUUCCUCUCUAACCCUUAGAUCCUUAGCGCAUCAAAAUUCACCUUCAAAAUAUUUGAAGUAUAUCGCGAGAAAGACAAACAAAUAUCGCAAGAGUUCUUUCUUUUUUUGUUCGUUUGAUUUUAUUGGGUAUUGUUUGUCAAUGGCUCAGUUGUGAUUGGCUGGGAUGAAGGUGAUCGGGGAAUAUUGCACUCGCCCAAACAGGCGCGUUGGGAAGAGAGUACGGUAACAAACAAAAUAUGUUUUCUCUUGUGAAACAUGAAACAUAUCUACUAUAAGCAUGGGUGAAGUGUUUGGUUUCUAUAAUGUUUUGUUUUUAGCUGAUGUACUGCGUGUUUUAAUGUAUGAAUUUACAUACGAUCAACCGACACCACUAAAAUCUGACGUGUAACGAUCCCUCCAGGAAAGGUGUUGAGAAGCAAGCACACGGGUGGUUCGCACCACUGCCGCAAAGCUACAAAAUGUAGUCAUACAUUAGGCCACCGUAAAUAUAACAUAAAUAAUUUCAAGAAAAAUAAAUGUUACAUAGUGCAUUACGUGAAAACAAGAGCGAAAAUAUUCUGAAAGCGUGACAGUACCCAGAAGGUUUUCCGGACUAACUUGCAUGCUUAUAUUUACACCACUACAUGAAACAAAUACACAAGCACUUAGAAAAAUACAUACUGUUCAUUUCGCUUCCUGAGUCAUCCAGCAUACUUGGAAGCUCCAUCUUCCACUGGUCGUCCGUUGUGAUGGCGAAGUUAUCACUUUUCCCGCCCGGUUUCGGUGCCAUCCGAUAAAGCUUUAUAUCGAAAUCUCCAAGGCCGUAUUUAAUUGUUAGUUCCUUGAGACCAAGGAAUUGAAUAAGGUGCUUUUUGAGAGCAUGUACUGUAUUUAAGUCAUUUAUCGGAAAACGGCUUCUAUGUCUUUCGAAUGCCGUAUCCGAAUUAACGCGGUAAAAGCUUACAAUCGCUUUAAUAACGCCAGCAUUGGCAGACAUCAUGUAAGCUGGCGCGUGCUCGGGACUGCUCAGCGUGAGUUUGUAAGUUCGAGAUCAGAGGUGAAAAUUAUGACCCUGAUGUACAUGGGUCAUACAGUAAAUUAUUAACGAAAUAUGACACUCAAGCGUCCUGCUGCUAAGAUUUAAUAUAAAACGUGCAUUUGUUUGACGAAAAGAGUAAAACAUUGUUAUUUACAACGGGUUUUGAAGGAUAUUUAGGGCAAUAAGAUCUUUUGUCAGUUGUCAGUAAAACCCUCUACAAAUGUCAGUUGUCAGUUAAAUUUUAGCCUAUUUGUCAGUUGUCAGUUAAAAUUUUGGCCAUUUGUCAGUUGUCAGUUAACCCCAUCCAGACCCUCUACUUUCUGUCGCUUUUCCCUGAUCUAACAGCUCCUUACUGAACAAAAACGGUUUUCAUUGUGUCUAUUCAGAGAACUAGCCAAUAUUUUUUCAGCGAUACGCACGAUGUUCCUAAUUCCCCCUAGUCCCCGUCUUAGGCGCUGGCGUCGCGUAGAAUUUUGGGUUCACUGAGGUCAACAAAAAAUUUCCCGUCCGGGUAGGGGUUAGUAUUUUGCUGUUUUUAGCCGUGACACUUCUGAAUGAAGCAUACAUGAGGUAAAUACAAUAAAACGGUCAAAGAGUACUGGAAACAAGUUUGAAAAAUAAAAAAGAUGGCGGCCGAAACGCGGAUAAUUUUUUUUCUGGCUUGCAAAUACGUUUUCUGGAAAUUUUCUUCGCGCUGGCUACCCCUCACGAAUUCAGGUCAAAUUCAAAGGAAAACACAAAACACAGUUUUUAUCACAAUCCUUGGUUUAAAAGACUGUGGUGGUUUUAAAGGCAGACAAGAGAUAUCACGAUAUCAGGUGGUACCGUUCGCGAUUUCUGCAAACUUUGGUUGUAAUCUUUCCGCGAAAGUCUACGCAGGUGAAAAUCCAUACAAAAAUGGCAAUUUUUGGUUGGUUUGGAGCGCGAAAAACCCAGUGAAAUCCGAUAAGCUGGCAUUAAUCGAAGGCAAGAUCUUGAAUUUGAUGUUUCUUGAUAUAAAUAUUCUGGUGGUACCCAUUGAGAUGUUGUUACGAGUAACUCACAAUCAGAGACAAAAAACUCCGAAAGUCGCUUCAGUCUUAUUAUUCCGCUAUAUUUUAAAGACCAAAUCGUGGCUCGAAUGCGGCUCUAGCCUGUUAAAUUGCCGGACGUGACCGGGCAUUCUACGCGAUGAGUGCUUUUAAGGCAAAGGAUUCCGUACUAUUGUCUCAAGUGCUGUUGUAGUUUAAAAAAAUUAACAGAAAUGACUAGAACUUACGUUUCCUGUUUUAUCUCACCUAUUGUAUGACGCACACUCAAUUUUAUAUUAGCGCAUCAGUCUGUCUAGUGGCUCCCAAAGCACUAACACGAUUUUUUAACUAUUCUAUGUUUUAAUUGCUGUAGUCAAUUACUUAUUAUAGGUGAUUAUUAAUAUAAAUUCAUUUUAAAUCUACUUAUACAUUUUGUAUCUUUUUUAGAAUCUUAUCAUAUCUUUUUACAGUUUUUGUUGUUAGUAGUUGUUUGUUGUAAGUAAUUUUAUCCUCAUUUUUCAUUUUAAUUCUAUAUCGUAAUCAUUUUUAUACGGCCCCUCAAGCGUUGAGCUUUAAGUCUUAUCGUGUUUUAAUAAAAGAAAGAGAUGAUGAUGAUCAUGGUGAUGAUGAUGAUCAUGGAUUAUGUUUGAAAACCUUCAGUAUGAAUAUGUGUAAUAUUUCAAAAAGCUACACAAAGACCGAGCAUACAAUCGACAAACAACAUAGUAAGAACGGGGGCCCCUGUAGUGUCAGCUAUUACAAGGGUAUAUUUCUUUUUUCACUCAAGUUUUCCUUGCACAAUUGUGAUGUACUUUGUCGCCGAAUAGCGUUUUGAAGAGCUGGACCACGACCAAGACAGCAGGGAGUAAUUCGGAAGUUAAUCUGAAUGUACAGUGGAAGCUCGGCAUAACGAAGGACCAAGUGACCGGCAGAAUUUGUUCGCUAUAUAACGAAGUUUCGUAUUAUCGAGGUUCUUUUCCAUAUAUUUUAUUAUUACUGGAGUAACGAAAAUUGUUUGUUACACCGAGGACUUUAAUUUGUUAUAUAGAGGUUCAUUAAAACAAGGUUCCACUGUAGUAAACGAUACCUGAACAAUUCAAGCCUUUUUGUCGUAGGUGACGACAAGUGAUAGUCUCUGUACAGAAGUUCCUCCUUCUCAGAAAAAAUCAGGAGAAGAGAGUUGUCUCCCAAGCUGGGGGGACGUCUGUACACAGGUUAGACAAGUGACUAUUAUUCUGCGAUUUAUUAUCGCUAUUUGUAAUUUUGUUGUGUUUAGCUUUUCAAAUAUGCGCCAGUUUCUUUGUUCCCAGAUUAAAUACUUUAGUAAGAGUAGUUAAAAACCUAUUAAAAACAAACUUUUACGAGGCUCGUAUCUUUACUAAGGGAAUUAAACUAUAACAAGUAGUACAUAUUUUCUUGUCACUUUACGAACUGUACAAAUUGGGAUUUUUAAAACCUGGGCAUUGAUCUUGCUUUUCAUUUCUUUUUUUCCGAACAGGUUACAGCAGUUGCCCCGGGUAUCGAUACGAUUCAUCGGCAUUUCUUUUCUCGCUGGUUAACAAACCAAGAUGGGCACCUGUGAAACUGCCCGCGUAUAGAAAUUACGAUCAUGCCAUAUACGAUUGCUCGUCUGAUGGACCUACUUUUGGUGGAGGCUAUGACAUUAGAAUUGUCGACUAUGCGUCAUCCGGUAGUGGUUCCAAUACUAUUCUUGGCUAUACUUACACCCCACCAAGAGGGUACAGCUAUAGAAGUACCUUCAGCAACACAUUCCUGCAAGGACAAAGAUAUACGGAUCAUUUUACACCAGACGAAGUAGAAACGUUUUACGAAACAAACUAG